AAGAAACAAAGGAAGAAGCGGCAAAGCGGCAGUUUCCGGUUUAAGAGUUUGGUGUGUGACGUUAUAGUUGAAAAGUGCGAUCAUGGAUAUACGACCGAAUCACACCAUCUACGUCAACAAUGUCAACGAUAAAAUAAAGAAAGAAGAGUUGAAGAGAGCACUCUACGCAUUAUUCUCUCAGUUUGGUCAGAUUCUGGAUAUUGUUGCUCUGAAGACCGUAAGGAUGAGGGGCCAGGCGUUUGUUAUUUUCAAAGAGCUUUCAGCAGCCACAAACGCCCUCAGACAACUUCAAGGAUUUCCUUUCUACAAUAAGCCCAUGAGAAUCCAGUAUGCAAAAACAGACUCUGACGUCAUUUCUAAGAUGAGAGGCACGUAUGGAGAUAAAGAAAAGAAGAAAGACAAAAAGAAGAAAGCUCUGGAGCAGGCGGCCAAUGCAAACAAAAAGCCAGCGGGAGCUAUAAGCACACAACCCCCUCCACCUGCCACAGUCCAGGUCCCUGACAAUCCACCAAAUUACAUUCUGUUCUUGAAUAAUCUUCCAGAAGAGACGAAUGAGAUGAUGCUCUCUAUGUUAUUCAACCAGUUUCCUGGGUUUAAAGAGGUGCGUCUGGUCCCAGGAAAGCAUGAUAUCUCGUUUGUGGAGUUUGAAAGCGAGACUCAAGCUGGAGUCGCGAAAGAUGCUCUGCAGGGUUUCCGGAUAACAGCCACAUGUGCUAUGAAGAUCACGUAUGCCAAAAAGUGACCAAACCCACUACCACACCGGCACUCGUUUCCCUGGACACAAGAGUUAUAAUGGACUGUGGUUGAGACUGAUCAAUGGAUUCUUAGUUCUGUUUUGUUUCCUUUGUUUUUUAAAGCUUCUUUAUUGUGUAUUUUGAUUUAUUUUUUGUAUGAAAAUGAAUGCGUUUCUGGGUCAAAUGCUUGUUUUGGACUGUAGACUAAUAAAAUUAGCUUCUACAAUAAU